AUGGGAUGGUUCAAAAGACUGAAAGACGGAAUUCAAACUGCUACUAAAUUCAAAAAGGAAACCCCUGAUGGAUUGUGGUAUAAGUGUAUUCGCUGCAAUGAGCUCAGCACGCGUAAGGAGCUAACAGAGAAUCACUAUAAGUGUACGCAUUGUGAUUACCACACGCGUAUAGAUUCACAUACCUAUUUCGAACUCUUGUUUGAUGGAGACUACGAGUUGUAUUCUGAAGAUAUAGCCUCUGUGGACUUUUUAGAGUUUACUGACCUUAAGUCGUACAAAGACAGGUUGAGCGCGGCUCGAGCUAAAAAUGAUACCACAGACGCUAUCACAGUAGCCAAAGGACGUGUCGGCAAGAAUGAACUUGUCAUUGCUGCCAUGAACUUCGGGUUCAUAGGCGGAUCGAUGGGAUCUGUUGUCGGUGGGGUGACAGCGUCGUUUGCGAUGCUCGGUGAUAUCAACUUCGCAGAACCAGAAGCCUUAAUCGGUUUUGCUGGACCGCGCGUCAUCAAGGAGACAAUUAAAAAGGACUUGCCUGAAGGAUUUCAAACAUCUGAGUUUUUGCUAGAAAGAGGUUUCUUGGACUUUAUUGUUGACCGAAAAGACUUAAAAUCCAAGUUGUGCUCCAUCUUAGAUAUUUUGUCUCAGGCUGCCUAA